AUAAAAUAAUUUUAGUUAAAAGAAUUUUUUGCUGGUAAUACUGGCACGCCAAACAAAAAUGCUGCAUUUUGACAAACUAGUUUUGCUAAAUUUUGUGUGAUAAGUGUGUGAAGUGCAUAAGAGUUUGAAAGAAUUUAAACGUAUAACUACUCGUUAUAAUCGCUGUUUUCAUUUAAAUAGAGUUUUAGUAUGUUCGGAUUUAACUUUUGGACACAAUUCAUUGACAUAUAUAAAUCGCAACCAGCAUUAUGGGAUGUUAAUUCUGAUAAUUAUAAUAUGAAGCAAUAUAAAAUUUCUGCUUAUAAUACUCUACUUGCAAAACUGAGGGAAAUUGAUCCCAACGCCGAUAUUAACAUGGUUAAAAGGAAAAUAAACAGUUUCAGAUCGUGUUUGCGGCGUGAGAGACAGAAAACCGUAUCUAUGGCUAAAUUGGGGAAGGAAUACGUCUCUACGUGGAAAUUUUACCCAUACUUUUCAUUUAUUAAUGAGCCGGAUCCGUUUGACGAUGAUAAAUUAGUAAAUGGCAGUAACAUUACAUACAGUAAAGAGGAAAUCGUAAUUAGUCUAGGGAAUGAUGAGAGUUCAAUAAAAGAGAAUAGUGAUUCCUAUCCAUUUCUUAAUAUUACGGAAAUAAAGCAAAGUGAUAAUGAGGAGGUGGAUGAAAGCAAUAUGGUCGAAGAAGUAGAAAUCAGUUAUGCGCCACAUACAAAAAGGCAAAAGAUUAAGUUUGAAAAUCCGGAUGAUAUAUGUUUUAAAACACCUACAGAGGAUUCGUUAGAUGAAUAUGAUGAAAGCCCAUUUCAGGAUACAAACACCUCUAGUCAUGUUAAAACGUUGUCAAACAUAUCUGCGCCUUAUAGAAAAUCAACAAAUUCUUCGUUUCGUGAUGUGAAGUCAAAUUACAACGAAGAUGAAGUGUUGGCGUGUGGUUGGAUGAUGCAGUACAGAAAUUUGCGAAGUGAACAAAAAAUAUUUGCGAAAAAGGCUAUUGAUGACAUUCUGUUUGAAGCAAAACUGGAAACGUUGCACAGGCACUCUGUCAGGAUAAAUGAAGCAGCUCUGUGCAACAAUUGCGGUCGUGUGGCGGAACAAUUUUCUAUGACCAAUUAGAAUUUUUAAAUUAUUUUUAGAAUUACUUUCUAUAUACCUUUUAUCGUAUGAAACUUUAACCUUCUUAACUUUCUCCUUUACACAUAAAAGUUUGAAUAUAAAAAAAGAAAUUAUGGAUAUUUUAUACAUAUGUAAGUAUAAUUAUUAUAAUGUACAUUACUGAGAGACUACCUAGAAAUAUUUACACGAAAAUGUAUAAUAAUGUUAAAUAUGUAAUUAAACCGAAUGUAUUUUAUGUAUAUAAACGUACUAAUUAGUAGUAACUAUACCUUAAAAAAUUUUAUGUAAAUAAAAUUGAUUCAGUAACGUAUCAAAUCAGUA